AUGACAAAUACAAAGCAGGUCAAUGUUAAAGUAGGCGGUGCCAAAUUUCAAACAACAAUUGACAGUGGCGCGACAAUAAAUGUGAUCGAUCGUGACACUUUUAACAAAAUGCAAGACAUAAAAUUAACUCGCACGAACACGAAAGCUUUCGCGUAUAAUACGAAAUCACCAGUUGAAUUUUUGGGCAAAUUCGAAGCG